AUGCCUGCCUUGUCCUGGCGGCCGAGCGCGGCCAUCCCUUCUGCCUUGCUUCUGCUGCCACUGUUGUUCUCCCUAGCCUGGGCGCGGAGCAACUCUCGGGGACUGGCAGGGUUACCCCCCAACGCCGCCUCCUCCCCCACGACCCCCAUCGCCAUUAUGGGCUUAAUGCCUCUGAGCGACUCCGUGGAGAAGGGCAAGAUCGGCCGGGGGGUCCUACCGGCCAUGCAAUUGGCAAUGGAGCAGAUCCUCAACGAAUCGCUGCUCAACCCAUACUCUCUGGACCUGCGCUACUACGACACUGAGUGUGACAAUGCAAAGGGUCUUAAAGCCUUCUAUGAUGCAAUAAAAUAUGGACCUACACAUCUAAUGGUUUUUGGUGGCGUAUGUACAACUGUAACAUCCAUCAUUGCUGAAUCCUUAAUAGGAUGGAAUUUGGUCCAGCUCUCAUUUGCAGCAACAACACCAGAGUUAGCAGAUAAGAAAAAAUAUCCUUAUUUCUUCCGGACAGUGCCAUCCGAUAAUGCUGUGAACCCGGCAAUUCUCAAAUUGCUCAAACAUUAUAAAUGGAAACGAGUAGGAACUUUGACCCAAGAUAUACGAAGGUUUUCUGAG